AGGCUGAGCCGCUGCUGAGCUCAGAGACCGUGGCUGGCUCUAGCUGGCUCUGGCAAGAUGCUGGGGGUGUGAUCUUCCAGCUGUUUUCCCGUCGCCCUCCAGCUGGCCCCCGCCGCGUGAUUAUCAGCCCCUGCAGAAAGCCUGUCCCGCUGCUCCCACUCCCCUCUGCUUUGCUGCCUUUCCUCGGCUUGGCCCCCAGGCCAUCUGGCUGCCUCGCUCUAGACUCUGACCCUGCUCCUCUCGGUUCAGGCUCACGGGUUUCCCACACACCUCGUCGGCAGCAGCCGCUGGAUUUUUGGAGCUGGGCAGCUGCCGGUUUCCUUAGUGAUGAGCUCUGUUGCUUGCAGCAGGGGCCUCCUCCCCGUCUCUGGCCCUGCUCCCUCCGGUUCCUGCCAGCUCUCCGCAAGGCGCUGAGCGAGACAGCGACCUGCAGGCCGGGGCAGCCUGGCUGAGGCUGAACUUGGCUGGCUCUCUCUGCCACAAGCUCAGCCCAGCUCCUCCCGCCUGCCUCGGUCGCCACCCCAGACCAUGGCCUGUGCCGGCUCAGCCGUCGUGGAGGGGGACGCGGCUGCCUUCGCCGCAGCCAUCAGGAGCCUCAUCAACAACCCGCAGUUCAGCGAUGUGACGUUCGUGGUGGGCAGGGAGAGGCAGGAGGUGUUCGCCCAUCGCUGCAUCCUCGCCUGCCGCUGCCAGGCCUUCCAGCGGAUGCUCAGCCAGCCCCAGACAGGUGCCCAGGAGCCGUGGCCCCCCCAGACCCCAUUGGUCCUCAGCCACGUGCAGCCCGAGGUCUUUUUGGCCGUCCUCGAGUUCCUGUACACCAACAGCGUGACCCUCAACAGCCUCACCGCCCUGGAGGUGCUCACCUCGGCUGUGGAGUAUGGGUUGGACGACCUGAGGAAGACUUCCAGCCAUGUUUCAAAAUGCACCAUCCUGGCUGGCUCAGCCAGACCGGUUAAACAGAAGGCAAACGCAGAGCAGGCGGAGGGGGAAGGAAGAGAUCACGCUGGGUGGAGGAGGAUGACAAAGUCUCACAUUGCGGGUGAUAUUUGAGGUCAGGCGGCGGAGGGGGCGAGGUCGGCUGGCUCUUGCUCUCCUUGGCCUGGCUGUUUGUUCCUUCCCCGUCUUG